GUUUGAUCAUUUCAUCCAAUUCCUUUAGUCCUUCUCAUCUACCUAGUAUCCACAGGCUUCCUACCAAAAUGGCUCCUAUCCACGUUGGCUGCCCACUCUUCGAUUUCCAGACUAUUGACGUCAUUGGACCCUGCGAUCUGCUCAAUUCAGCGAGUAAAAUGCUCCUGGAGGGGAUCAAUUACUACGCCCCGGUCGAUCCAAGUCUUGUGGCCAAGGCACCCGAAUUCGUCUUCCACCAUAUCGGCGAGACCAUGGAGCCGGUGCACCUGCUUACAAGCUCCGUGACCGUCAUCCCCACGGUGGCGGUGGACAACGUCCCUAAUCUGGACAUUCUCAUUGUCGGGGGCGAUAUUCCGGCCAAAACCAAGCUUCCUCCCAAACUGCAGGACCUCAUUCGCCGCCAUGCGGCCUCGGGAAAGUUACUGUUUACGACCUGCACCGGAGCCGCGGUGGUGGCAGCCACUGGCGCUCUAGACGGCCGAAGGGCCACCGUCAACAACCUCGAAUACAACUGGAUUAAGAAGCAGUACCCGAAUGUGAAGUGGACGCAGGAGAAAAAGUGGAUUGUGGACGGCAACAUCUGGACGGGGAGUGGCGCUGUGGCGGGAAUGGACAUGGUCGCCCACUGGAUCAAAGAGACUUAUGGGCUCGACCUGCUGAUUCAGGCAGCAUUAUCGCUGGAUUACGAACCACGCGAUGUGGACGGACUGUUCAAUGUGCUACCCCAGCGGUACGAUUCGACCGGAAACAAGAUUUCCACCCAUGUCUUUCCCGACGAGGUCUGAGGUCACGCGAUGCUGAACCCAAAGUGGCGCAGGUUGGAGGUCGGGGGCACGGAUCACUGGUCAAAUAUUGAAGGAGGAGCCCCUGUCACACUAGAGAGUGUAUCCAUCAGAAAUAGAUC